GGGCGGCUGCGGGGCGCGGGCGCGGGCGCCGGCCGUGACCUUGGACAGCUCCCAGCCCUCACUUGCCCUCGGUUUUCCCAGCUGUUCAGCGAGUUGGGAACUGGAGCCGCGGUUCUAUUUGUCCAGGGGAUACAAUAGCGUCUGCGAAGCAGCCCUCCAGAUAUAACUGUCCAGCAGUACCAUGUGCAUGUGAAUUGUUCUGGGCAGACACUGUAGGUUUAAUCAGAUUCCCACGAGGGACGGAAUCCAGCGAAGGUUAACUGUGGUUGGUUCUGCGGUGCCUGUCCAGACCCCUCAGAGCUGACUGGGAAGGCAGUGGCGGCGGGGGAGGGGUGCGCCGUGUACCCAGAUGGGUGUUAAUUACAGGGUUGCAGCAGGUGGAAGAGCCGGCCGAGCCACACAGGGCUGCCUGAGUUGAAGAUAAGGCUGCGUGAGCCUAGAAAAAGCGUCCUGGCCCCCCUCCACGGCUUUUCUCAAGCUGCUUUUCUGGGGGAGCAGGUGCCCCCGCAAGUCAGAAAUUCUUUCCGAAAUCCACUUUAUCCUUGUCUCUGAGGUGUAGACUUAAAGAUGGGUAAUUUGAGAGCUGGGAUGCAAGGAAACAAACAAUAAACACUAGCCUGUGGUUCCAGAUGCCAUGGGCUCUGUCGGGAGCCCGGAGCAGAACGCCCACACUUUUUAAACGCAAUAUUCUGCUGUUCUAGACUCCUGCGUGCCCAGGCGGUACUUAUCCUGGAGUUCAGGAAACGGACUUCCCAGAACCUAAGCCAGAAAGUGAUUCUAAGAUUUGCAACACCACUUCCUCAUUAACCUCCCAGGACUUUUUUUUAAAUCACUGAAUGAACAACCUCUGAGUUACCCAAGAAGGAAAGUUGUUGCAUAGAGUGAAAAAUGACAGCAACUGUCAGAGCUCCUUCCCGGCCCUCUGCGUCAGAAUCGGUUCUUUCCUGUGACGGAGGGAGAGGCAGUGGGAGGGGGGAUGGGUGCCCAGCUGGAGAAGUGGGACACUAUCUGCGCCCCAGGUAGAACGUCACUGAUUAGACCGGCGAGCUGUCUCCGGUGUGUCUCAGAAGCACGCAGACACCACUGUUCCUGUGUCUCCCACGAGGGCGCCAGGCAGGCGUGAUGGUAUCGUUCGCCUCUACGGGCCUGAGCCAUUUCUCUUCCCUGGUGCAGGAGGCAUACACUGAAUACCUGAGGAGCGUCCACUACAUCUCUCAGGUGCUGCUGGGAGAAGCGGAAACCCCCGAAGAAGCUGAGGAAACUGUACCCCAGGACACCCUGAAGAUGCUGAAGCUGGCAGAGCAGUGUCUGGAGAGAGCCCAAUCGACAGCUGCCAAACUUGGAAAAGCAUGCCUGAAGCCAGCCGUGCUUGUGGCUGCCCCUGUCCCCUCACCUGCCAGCCGACACCGCCGGGUGUACUCCGACGAAGGGGGGAAGCUCCUCCCAUUUCUGCCACCCGAGGUCUUCCAGAGGCUUCAGGCAGUCGAGUCGAAAAGCUCCAAGAAGGAGCUGACACCUCUGGAGGAGGCCUCCCUGCAGAAUCAGAAGCUGAAGGCUGCGUAUGAGGCCCGGAUGGCCCGUCUGGACCCCAGCCAGGCCAUGCAGAAGACAUCGCUGACCCUGUCCCUGCAGCGGCAGAUGAUGGAGAACCUGGUGAUCGCCAAGGCCCGGGAGGACACACUGCACAGGAAGAAGGAGGAGCGCCGCCUGCGGCUCCAGGAGGCUGCCGACAGGAGGUUCUGCAGUCAGGCCGCUCUGACCCCAGAGGAACGGGAGCAGCGGGCACUCUACGCAGCCAUCCUAGAGUACGAGCAGGACCACGUGAGUCCGCGGGGCCAGGACUGGCCGAAGCACUGGAGGGCCAAGCUCAAGAGGAGCCCUGGGGACCUAUCGCUGGUGACCAGCUUAGUGUCCCAUCUGCUCAGCGUCCCCGAGCACCCCGUCACGCAGCUCCUGAAGAGGCUCCAGUGUGCGGUGUACCAGGCGCUGUACCCCAUCGUGAGCAGGGGCGCUGCUGCUGCCUCCGCCCCGGGCUGCUGCUCCCUACCCCCCGACGCCGACGGGCUGCUGGCCCCUGGGAGCCGGCGGCUGAGGCCCUCACAGAGCCUCUAUUGCAUGCUGUGCCCCCCAGAGCCCAGCCUGGGCCCACGGCCCCUGGACGGACCUCCUGCCGACCCCCCCACAUCCCCACUGCCCCCCGGGCCCCUAGAGAGAGGGGCGGACAGCAGCCCUAAGGGGCCUCCAUCACCUCUAGUGGGCAAGGACAGCUCCUUCGAAGACCUGGAACAGUUCUUGGCUACUUCUGAGAGGUGGGGCCGGGGCCCUGGGGGUCUGCCUGAGCCUACAACGCCAGGGCUGAAGGAGCCAUUGCUGGAGCAGCUCAGGAGCACAGUGAAGGACAUACACAAUGCCAUCGACAGGCUGCUGUCGCUGAUGCUCCUGGCUUUCGAGGGCCUGAACUCAGCCGUCUCCAAGGACCGCUGCCUAGCCUGCAUCGAGGAGCCCUUCUUCUCCCCGCUGUGGCCCCUGCUGCUGGCCCUCUACAGGAGUGUGCACCGCCCCCAGGAGGCCGCCCUGAGCAGGAGCAUGGAGCUGUACGGGAAGGCGCCCCCAGCAGCCAUCGGCAUCCCCAGCAAGCUGCUGCCGCAGGGCCCUGAGGCCACGGGGACAGGCACUUACCCGUACUGGGCUGCAGCGCAGGAGCUGGGGCUGCUGGUUCUGGAGAGCUGCCCCCAGAAGAAGCUGGAGUGCAUCGUGCGUGCCCUGCGGGCUAUCUGUGCCUGUGCGGAGGGUUACUACCGCGCCCACGAGCCUGCGCCUGAGGCUGAGCCACAGCCCGGCACUGCCGCCAUUGGCGCCGACGACCUGCUGCCCAUCCUGUCGUUCGUGGUGCUGAGGAGCGGGCUCCCCCAGCUGGUGUCUGAGUGCGCUGCCCUGGAGGAGUUCAUCCACGAGGGGUAUUUGAUCGGGGAGGAGGGCUACUGCCUGACCUCACUGCAGAGCGCCUUGAGCUACGUGGAGCUGCUCCCUCGGGGUGCCCUGGGCACGCAGCAGAGAUCGGGACCAGCUGCAGUGGCGGCUCCACAGCUUUCGCCCCCACCCUCACCCGACACCGGUCCCUGGGGCUCAGGGAAGGCCCUCUGCUCCUGACAGGCUGGGGCUCAGCUGCAUCAGCUCCCAGGACCCAGGCCUCUCUCUGUCCCCAGCCUCCGAGAGGCCUCGUGCAGGGCUCCCCUGGGCAGGGCGGGGGUAUGGGCCUGGCUGAGGGCAGGCCUGGUGUCUCGCACUCCAUCACUUGGGACAGUCAGAGCUCCCCGAGCCAGUCCCUGUCAGCCUCCUGCCCUGAGGCCCAGGGGUUUGAAGCUGUGCUGCUUAUUUAUUGGGUAUCGACCACCCCGCGCUCCCUUGGAAGCCCAGGUGUUUCUGGGGCACCCACCCGUAUCUGGGGGCUCAGAGCCACACCUCCGCCCUCGACAGUGGCAUCAGAUACCCCUCCUGGGUCCUCCCGGAGGGUCAGUGCCUGCCUGUUCUGACUCUGUGCCCCCGGAAGUCACUAACCUGGCUGAUAAUAAAGAGGUCACUGAUGUCUCA